ACUUGGCAUGAUUUCCUGCUCCGGAAUCUGCUCGUCCACAACCUUAUUUAUUGGCGUCACUCUGCAGUAACUUGGAGUGAAUACGGUGCAUGCAGUAGGGGAAUCUACCGAGAUGUGGAGACGGUUGAAAAGACAUUGGCCUUUUGGCUGUUCAGCCACACAACAUGAAAUUACCACUGGAUGUACACCACCGAAACGGAGCUGUGGCCAAGAAGCAGAUCAAAAACCCUCAAUUUCUGACCUCGUAUCAAUUUGGGGCGAGGACGAACUGCUCCAGUUAACACAGUUCUUUCGGGACAGACUAGAACAGGCGGCUGAAGAUGGAGUUGCCGGACUGAGCUCUAUGUUAAAAGAGCAGAGGCGGUUCAGUGCAGAAGAACAUUUGAAACUCACGGAUCUAGCUGAGAAGGGAAAGAGAAAAGAGUGUUCCAAAGAAUUCCUCGAUCUGGUGAUGAAGAAAGGCUCCUGGGCCCGGAAGGUGAUGUGGGAAUCGUUUGUAAAAAUGCCGAAUAAGUCGCCAAAGUUGGACAAAAUACUGAAAGAGAUCCAGGAACUCGGCCCUGGUGUAUUUGAAUGCAUGAACAACGCCCAAGAACUACCACAGUUACCCAGUGAACUGAAAGAUCUUCAGCGGAAACACAAGGAAAUAUUGCGGGCAGAAACAGAAACUCUAAAAAUGGAAACAGUCCUGGAGGAGGGGAAAGGUUUCAAGCUGGCUGAUCGAUACCGUGAGCUCACGGUCGUUUCCUCUCUUCGAGAUCGGAGACUCGUGGAGCCUGAGCUGAUGGCAAGAGGUCGGGAUCAUGAAGAGUGGAGAGAGAAACAUCUCCGGGAAGAGCUGGAAAAACUCCGGACUGAUCAGUUAUUCAGGAGUGGUUUUUCUUUGAGUAGAAUCACUAUUGGGAGUUCCGCAGGAUUGUUCGGAGUCCCGGGGAUCGGGAAAACUACAAUGGUUCAAAAGAUUGUUUAUGACUGGGCCACGGGGAAAAUAUUCCAACACUUCCAAUUUGUCUUCAGUUUCACAUUCCGGGAUUUAAACAAAAUUAAAGACAAAAUAAGCUUGAAGGAACUGAUUCUUGGUCAGUACCGUUACCUUGAGAAUACCCUGGUAGAGGUUUGGAAGAACCCGGAGGUAUUGUUGUUUGUAUUUGAUGGUUUGGAUGAAUUCAAGGACAGGAUCGAUUUUACUGACAGGCGAAGAAACACACGACCUCAGCAGGUGUGCACAGAUCCCGAGCGGUGGUAUGAUGUGUCUGACAUUGUGUACAGUCUAAUCCAGCACAAGCUGCUCCCAGGGUGUUCAGUUCUAGUGACCACCCGCCCCACUGCGUUACAUUUAUUAGAAAAGGCUGAGAUCAGUGUCUGGGCUGAAAUCCUGGGAUUUGCUGGUGAGCACCGGAAGGAAUAUUUCAACAGAUAUUUUGAAGAUGAGUCGGUGGGAGCAGCUGUUUUCAAACAUGUGCAGGAGAACGAGAUCCUGUACACCAUGAGCUACAAUCCAUCAUACUGCUCAAUGAUUAACGAAUCGCUGGGCCCAAUCGACAUAAAAAGAGAUAACAAGUGGUGCUGUACACCCAAUACCAUCACCCAAACAUAUUCCCAUUAUAUUUACAACAUCCUGAAAAACCACGGCCGUGAGAUUGAAAAUCCCAACGAUGUGUUCCAAAUGAUUGGUAAUAUGGCCUUCGCAGGAGUGUCCGAGAAGAAGGUUGUGUUUACAGCUGAUGAUUUGAUCAAAUACGAUUUGAAACCUUCCCAGUUCCUGUCCGGGUUGCUGAUGGAACUUUUGGAGAGAGAGGAUUCUGCCAGGAGCGUGGUGUACACAUUCCCACACCUCACCAUCCAAGAGUUCGUAGCUGCACUCGCACAAUUCCUGCGCUCUGAUCCCAGUGAUAUCAAGAAAAUCCUCACUGAAGCCCAGCUUGAGGAAGAUGGACGAUUUGAGUUAUUUCUCCGUUUCCUUGUUGGUCUCUCCUAUAAUAGGUCACCCUGGCUUCUGGAGGAAUUUAUGGGUCCAUUUCCUGACCAAACAGCACGGCAAGUUAAUGACUGGGUGCGAGAGGAGAUUAAACGCCAGAUUGGGAACACAGCGAGAGAAUCUGGCAAAAGGAAACUGCUGAACACACUGCAAUACGUGACUGAGUCUCAGGAUGGUAAACUCGCCCAGGCCACACUGGGAUCUGCGGAAACCCUUUCAUUCAGUGAAUUGCCACUGACCCCGAUUGACUGCGCUGUUCUAUCACAUGCCAUUGUGCUCUGUGAUGCAAUAAAACACCUCGAUAUGGAGAGCUGCUACAUUCGACAUGAAGGACUCCAGCGGCUGGGACCCGGGCUUCAGAAAUGCCAGGAAUUGGGACUAGGCCGCAAUCAACUGGGGGAUUCAGGAGUGAAACUGCUCUCUGAAGCUGUGAUGAAACCCGGCUGCCAAAUACAAACACUGCGGCUGGUUAUGAACGACCUCACAGAUUAUUGCGCCGAGGACCUUGUAUCUAUUCUCACUUCAAGCUGCACACUGAAGGAGCUGGAUUUGAGUGAUAAUGCACUGGGCGAUUCAGGAGUUAAAGUGUUGUCUAAGGCUUUGAAGAACCCGAACUGCAAAAUACUCAAGCUGCGGUUGCGCGCAAACGGUCUCACAGCUGCUUGUGCUGCGGACCUCUCCUCUGCCCUCGCAGCAAACCAGUGGCUGGAGGAACUUGAGCUGGGUAACAAUGACCUGCAGGAUGCAGGAGUGAGACUUCUGUCUGCGGCCCUGACGAACCCGGAGUCCAAGAUACGGACACUGGAUCUAUGCUGCAAUGGUCUCACAGCUUCUUCUGCCAAGGAUCUCGCCUUUGCUGUCGGCAGAAAAUUCUCACUGACGGAGCUGAACCUGGGUGAUAAUGAAUUGGGAGAUUCAGCAGCUAAACUGGUAUCUGCAGUUACGACAGAGUCGGACCAUAAAAUCAAGACACUGUGGCUGUUCAAGACCGGUCUCACAGAUUCUUGCACCGGGGAUCUCGUUUCCAUUCUCAGCACAAUGCCCUCUCUGAUGUAUGUGAACCUGAAAUACAACUCAUUCACAGACCGAUCAAUCCCCUCUCUCCGCCGUCUUAUAAUUAAUCACCAGAAUUUGAAGUGUAUUGGACUGGAGGGGAAUCAGUUCAGUUCAGAUGGACGGAAUCAGCUGAAGUCGCUACAGAAGUCUCGACCCGGACUGAGUGUGGAACUGUAACCAUCUCAAUGUAUAGAUGUAACCACCCUCUGGGUGGGAAUAUUAUAUUUUUGAUGAAUUCGCACCCUCCCCUUGAUGUAGGGCUAACCCGGGUUCAAAGAUGCAGUGACCGCUUGACGCUUUCCAGCUCGGGCUGACAGCGUGCCUUUUCCUACCCUGACGUCAGAGGCCUAGACCUGCCUGAAUUACGCCACUUCUACUAUAGGUCGCUGGCUGAGAGCUGAGUCUGUGCACAUGUGAUGUCUCCACCUGCUUGAUGCUGGCACUACUUCUGGCGAACAACGGAUUUGACUUUCUCGGAGAAUCGAACUGAUAUUAUCACUUGUAUUCCUCCAUAAGACAGAGGAACAAAAUCAUUCCAUUCGGUCCAUCGAGUUUUCUCCUCCAUUCGACCAUGACUGUUCCUUUUUUUCCUCUCAACCCCAUUCUCCUGCCUUUCACGCCUUUAUGAAUCAAGUACCUAUCAACUUCGCUGUAAAUAUACUUGAUGACUUGGCUCCAAUGAAUUCCACAGAUUCACCACCUUCUGGCUAAAGAAAUCAUACCUCAUCUCAGUUCUAAAGAGACGUCCUUUUAUUCUGAGGCUAGACUCUCCCACCAGUGGAAACAUCCUCUCCACGUCCAUUCUAUCCAGGCCUUGCGGUGUUUGGUAGGUUUCAAUGAGAUCCCUCCUCACCCUUCUAAACUUCACCAAGUACAGUCCCAGCGCCAUAAAACACUCCACAUACAUUCACCCUUUACUACCGGGAUCAUUCUCGUAAACUAUCUCUUGAUUAUCUUCAAUGCCAGCACAUCAUUCCGUAGGUCUGGACCUAAAACUUCUCAAAGUACCUCAGAUGUGGUCUGACCAACGCCCUCUAAAGCCUCACCACCAGAUCCUUGCUUUCAAAGAAUAUAUUAAUUGAAUACGUUGGUGGAGAAUAUAUCCCAUCGAUAUGUGCGAACUAUAGUAACAAUUGUAUUUAUUGAAAAAUGCAACUUUAGGAUUUAUCUAAUGAGAUUACGGUUUACUACAGGAAUAAGUUGGGCCAGAAGGCCAGUUUCCGUGCUGAAUAAAGUCAAAUUCAAGUUUAUUGUCAUAUGCAUAGGUGCAAUUAAAAGCUUCCCCCAGCAUAACAGGCAUAGAGCAUCAUAAAAACACCAUAAAACAAGAAUAAAACAAAAAUACAACAUUUUUUUUACAAGAAAGAACACAAUUUGAACAAGAAAAAUUACUCCAUGAGUUUAUCAUUCUCUUUUAGGUGAAUAGUUCAGUGAUAAGUGCACGAACAGAGCAGAAUGAGAUUCCAACAGUCGUUCUUUUGAUGAAAGUAAAUGUUUAGUUGAACUAAUCCCACGUUAUAGUUACUCCUGGCUGACGCCAUUAGUAAAAGUGAAUGUAGGACCAUCUUCGAUGAAUCCGGAAACAAAUCCUAAAUAGAAUUAGCUUCAGUACUGCCUUGGGGAAUUCAGCAAGCGGCAUUUUUAUUUUUCUGCACGGUUCUUGUUGAAAGAGAUUGAACGUAUACAAAUUGUUCAACUCCAAGCUGGAUGGAUCUAAACUAUCGUUGGCUUGGGGGCCUUACAACUCAGAAAGAUUUUAAUACAACAUAGGAUCGUCUAAAUGCACAGCAGAAUGAUUUGUAUUGUAUGAAAAUAUUUGGAUUUAUCUUUGAUAUACAUUUUGAUAAUA